ACUAGUGGUGGCAAAGUGUGCUGCAUCCCGCCAAGGCUCAGUCAUGGAGUGGGAGGCGGCAACCUCCAGUGAGCAUCGUCGCUUCUCGCCUCUCCUUCUCGUUAUGUGUUUAUUGUGUGGAAGGAGCACACAACGGGACGUGGGGAAAUGGAGAGUGAGUGCCGAAGGAAGUGGAAGGCGAGAUUUGCCCUGAGGCGAGACAUCUUGAAGGAGUUCCUGGCGGAGUUUCUGGGGAUAUUUGUCCUGAUACUCUUUGGAUGUGGUUCUGUGGCCCAGGCUGUCCUGAGCAAGGGGGCUCUGGGGGAGCCCCUGUCCAUCCACCUUGGCUUCACUCUGGGUCUUAUGAUGGCCGCCUACAUUGCAGGAGGGGUUUCAGGAGCCCACGUGAACCCUGCAGUCACCCUGGCUAUGGUGAUGCUGGGCAAGAUUUCCUGGAAGAAGUUUCCAGUGUAUGUGGCCGCACAGUUUUUGGGGGCCUUUGCUGGGGCCUGCUGCGUCUAUUUUUUGAAUUAUGAUGCUUUAAUGGAAUAUAGCAGCGGGGAAUUUAUCGUUACUGGAGAGAACGCCACAGCUGGCAUAUUUGCAUCUUAUCCCGCAAAGCAUCUCUCCACCCUCAAUGGAUUCCUUGACCAGGUGGCAGGAAGUGCUGCGUUGAUCCUGUGCAUCCUGGCCAUAACGGACUCGAGGAACAUCGGCGCUCCCAAAGGCAUGGAGCCUCUGUGCAUCGGCCUGAUCAUCCUGGCCAUCGCUGUGUCCAUGGGCUUGAACUGCGGCUAUCCCAUCAACCCUGCACGAGACUUCAGCCCGCGACUCUUCACCGCAAUGGCAGGAUGGGGAUGGAAUGUCUUCAGGGCUGGAGGGUGCUGGUGGUGGAUCCCCGUUUUCGGACCCAUGGUUGGCGGCGCAGUGGGAGCCGCUAUUUACUUCCUUUUCAUCGAGCUGCACCACGCCGAGCCCAAACAGCAGGAAGAAAACAACGGCCAACAAAAGUAUGAAAUCAUAACUUUGUCUUAGAAGCAAAUAUGCUCAUGAAAUAAACGUUUCCUCAGAAAGCAGUUGAAGAAAUGUAGGAUUUCUCCCAGACAAUCAAUGAAGAAAGGCAAUGAUAAUGAAGAAAACAGUAUUAUUUUCGAAAAUCAUUUACCAUACUGUACUGUUAUAAUAUUAUUUAUUUCUUAUUUAGCUUCGAAGCUAAAAAGUCAUUUCAACUACUAUGUUGUGGUUGAAUCGUUUUAUACCAAGUACAGUAUUUCAAGGCGUUUACUACAAUGGAAAUUGUUCAUUUCAGGAAUUUUUUUUUCAAUCUUUGAUGUUAUCAGUAAAACUAAGUAAGCUACACUCAUCUGUUUGUGCAAACCUGUCAGGCUAUUAUUCUAACCACAAUUGAGUGGGAACAUUGUACUUGCAAGUGAUUCAUAUUUGCAUAUAAAAAGGGUGGAUUUUAUCUCCGUAUUGUUUGGACACAAUGAGAUAGAUCCAUAUUCUUUUAAACAGCAUGAUCAUUAAAAAAUACUGUACAUACUGUAGCUAUUACAUAUCUUCGCACCUAAAUAUGUAAAGUAUGGUGGAACCUCUUCACAGUACCUUCUCAUGUUGGCUUCCAAGUCGUGCGAAUUUUAAUGCCACUUUGUUCGAUCAUAAAAAGUGUACAGGCAAGGUUUUAAGUACACUUGUAUCUGACGUGUCAUACAAGCAGCACACACGUACACGCACACAUGUAUGGAAAACACAUUGGAGUGACCUCCAUAUUUUCUUUAACCCUUUCAGGAACAGAGGUUACUACAGUGGACAGCUUAUCAGGUUAUCAGGUUACAGGUUAUCAUUAUUUGUACCUGAAAGGGUUACAAUAUAUUGCGUUAUAAACAAAUAAGAAUACAGCAAGAACUAAAUAUAAUUGG